UCCCACUCGUCCACCAUGCCUGUCUGCGGCUGCCGCAGCCCCUCCCCGCCUCACGGCCAUGCCGGGGCCUCCACCUCCAUCCCCUCGGCCGCCCAGGAGCAAGAGAUUCCGGUCCGACCCCUGCAUCCUCCUCCGCCUCCGUCACUUCACCGCCGCACCAGCACCUCUCUCUACCUCUCCCUCCUCCUCCUGCUGCUCGGCCUUCUCCACCUGCCCCCGGCCUGCCACUCGCGGAGAGAGAAGGGCGGCGGUGGUGGUGGCGGCGGUGGUGGCCAUUACAUACCCAUCCCCCAGCCCCCUCCGCACCACAUGGCCCUGCCCAACAUCCUCCGAGGCCUCAGCAUCGCCGUGGUGCUGGUGGGCAACUCCAGCGAGGUGGCGCUGGCCGGGGCCCGGGAGAAGGACGACUUUCUCCACAUGGCGCCCAACGUGGAGGUGCUGACCAUGAAUGAGACGGACCCUAAAAGCAUCAUCAAGAGCAUCUGUGACCUAAUGACCGAGCACUGGCUGCAGGGCGUGGUGUUCGGGGAUGACACCGACCAAGAGGCCAUCGCCCAGAUCCUGGACUUCAUUUCAGCCCAGACCCAUAUCCCCAUCCUCGGAGUCCGCGGGGGCUCAUCCAUGAUCAUGGCUGCCAAG